CCGAGAGCAUUCUCUCUCUUCUGUGGCAGCAACAUCGGGCAUGGCUUAAGCCUCUUCGGCCCAAGAAGUGGCCACUAUGCCAGGGCAAGCCUCCCUGAUGGGACUGGCAGCCCUGGCCCUGACAUUGGCCUGGGUAGUGCUCAUUCCAGCUGUGGCAGGAGAACCUGAAGUGGGGAAAAACUGCCCCAAAGAAUGUCUUCCCACUGAUUUCGCAUCAAAACCAAUUCCUGCAAAGAAACUGCAAAGCUAUGAGAAGAUCACAUGCAAAGGGAAGACGGCGGUGAUAUUGCUUACUAAGAUGAAUCGGAGCUUCUGCGCCAGACCUGAGGAGAAAUGGGUGCAAUCUGCUAUGAAGCAACUGGAUUUAAGAAAUGCCUCUCCGCCUUCAAAGACCAGCACUCCAGUGGCAGAAAAGCCAGGCGUGUUUGACAAGUUCUCCAAAGAUGCUGUCACCACAUUAGCUCCAACUUUGGGUCAUGAUCAUCCCAUUGGAACGGUGGCCUACAGAACAUCAACACAGUUUCCCGAGAGGAGAACAAUAAUUCCUGACCGCUCUGUUGUGAAUACCACACCGGUGGGACCAGAGGCCACAUCUCAAAGACCCCCAGAAAAGUCUGGCGUUGGAGCCACUUUUAAGCCUGGAAAGACAGACCAGACACAUGGCUCUGGAACCACUCGUGGUUUGGCGACCUCUCCUACGUUCAUAGGAACUCAGAGGACCGCUAAUGGUAGCUCUGGGGUGCAAAAUUAUACAAGGUCUUCUCUACAACCGACCGUCCAUCCAUCCAGCUCAAGCAGCCAUAUUACAGACUCUGUUGAGAAAGGCAUGGUGCCUUCUGCCACAUCAACCAUGUUCCUCACUUCUCCCAGUGUGCCGACUUCAGUUCUGGGCACAGGUGACAAGCUUCAAACCACUACCGGACUCACAAACUGGUUUCAAACUGACCAGUCCAGCACACGCUCCAGUAUGGAUGGAAACAACACCAGGCCCAUCAACGUUGAAGACAGGAGUGAUGGAAUGAGGAACUCAUCUGUUGCUUUUGGAGGGACAUCAGGAAUCCCUUCAUCAACUGAAGCAAGCUUUGUUUCUGAACUGCCGGCUUCUCAACCAACUUCGGGGUUUCACCAGGAAAAUGUCAAUGAAAAGAGCAGGGCCCAGGCAACAACCUACAGCCCCGAGGUGACAUUGGCCUUGUUUCCGGGGGGCCUGGCUGGGUACCGGACUCACAUCAUCUCCUUGGUGGGUGCUGGCCUUCUCUUCGUUGCCUCUGCUGUUGUUGGAUGGCUGUGGAUGAAGAGCAGUCUAUCUGCAACCACUUUAUCCAAGGAAAUGGUGGAAGGCCUGUUGUACAAUUCACCCAACUCUCAAACUGACGAACAUGCCAUGAGGAUUCUUUGACUUGCUUGGGUCUUUUUGCAUCCAGAGUUUCUUCUUCCAACAAAGGGACUAACUAGGCUUAGUCUGAGGACAUACAACAGAUGAUCUAACUCUGCCAGAACAGGACCUUAUAUGGUUGGACAACAGGAUGCAUAUCAACCAAUGGACAAAUAAUUUCAAUGUUAUGAGAUGCCUUAGCCUGCAGGGUGAUAGACUGGGGUCAUGGUCUUCAAAGUGGGAGGUAGGCUUUUAUAGGAAAACAUGCCAUCGCUAGAGGAAAGGGGACUUUGUCCCGGGAGUAUAUGUGUGUGUUGUGUGUAAGAGUGAAACAGAUUAUUCUGUUCAGAGAUGGAUGGAUCCAAAUAUUUUUGCCAAGGGUUAGGUCCAAGAGUUGGAUCAAUCCAGUUAUUGGUUAAGAACUUGGUAAGUCCUAAUGUCGUUGCUGAGAGGUGGGCCGAGAGUUGGGUCAGUUCAGUUUUGACCGGCCCAAUUGUUGGGAAUCUUGGAGAGCUGGAUCAAUUCUGGUACAGAUCAGGGACGUAGCCAAGGGAGGGGGGGUUCUUGGGGUCCGGACUC